GCCUUCAUUUAAACAGCUGGUGGGGCUCCAAGCCAUAGUUUUGCAGCAAUGAACCCAAAAGCCCUCCUUGUUCUUCUUGUACUUGCUUUGGUUACGAUUUUUGCCUUGGUGUGCGUGUUGGUGACCAGGAGGGAGAAGUCUACUCAUUGUGGUGCCAAGGCACAGGCUUCCUUGGAUGGUAGUCACAAGAACAGGAGCAUGAUAUUUGCUGCCCUGUCAGCAGAAGAGAUGGUACAGGUGAUGAAAUACCUGCAGUCCAACCUAAGGUUGCCCUUGGGAGAUGCUUAUCACGCUGACUCUUCCAAGAACUUUAUUUAUUAUGUUGAGGUCAAUCUCCCCCGCAAAGAAGAGGUGCUGAAAUUCCUUGAUCAUGGUUGGCCAUGGCCUCCUCGACAAGCAUUGGCUGUGGUGUACUUUGGAAAUCAACCAGAACCAAAUAUCACAGAAUAUGUUGUAGGGCCGUUGCCAGUGCCAACGUAUCAUCAGGAUGUGACAAUGCAAAAAUAUGGAAGGAAAUUAUCCUAUCAUGGCAGGACUCUGAUGCUCAGUGAAUUUGAGGGGAUUAGGAGAUUCCUAGUGGAGAAGAGAUUUCUUGAGGCACCCACUUUUCUGACUCAAGUAUUUGGACAUAGUGGAAACAAUUUUGAAGGCAUUAUCGCAGUACCUGGGGGAUUUCAGUCUGGAGAUCGCUGUUCCUGGGUUACCUUGUUUCAGAAUGUAAGUGGCUUGUUCUUACAUCCAUUGGGACUAGAGGUGCUUGUUAACCACAGCAGUCUGAAUGUCUCUCACUGGAGAGUGCCAAAAGUAUUCUAUAAUGGCCAAUAUUAUAACAGUUUGGCAGAGCUGGAAAAAGAAUUCAAAGCAAAGCGGGUGACUAUAACGAAGGUUAAGCCAGUUUCUUCUGAGGGGGGCUUUUCUUCACUUCAUCCAAGGACACCCCCUCUAAGACCUGGACCCUUCCAUCAUGAGCCCUUUGGGCCACGCUACAAUGUGAGAAACAACCAAGUGACUUCCCCAACCUGGGGUUUUGCCUUUCGGAUGGACGUGCACAGGGGACUCCAUAUCUAUGAUAUCCGAUUUAAGGAUCAAAGGAUUGUAUAUGAACUCAGUGUGCAGGAUGCCAUAUCUAUCUAUGGUUCCAAUAGUCCUGGUGGAAUGUUAACCCGAUAUAUGGAUGCAAGUUUUGGAAUGGGAAGGUUCUCACAUUCAUUAGUCCGUGGAGUUGAUUGCCCUUACUCUGCCACCUAUCUUGAUGCUGUCUAUUUAAUUGAAACCAUCCAACCAGAGGUACAGAAGAACUCAAUGUGUGUCUUUGAGCAAAGUUUAGGGAUCCCUUUCCGGCGUCAUUUCUCCAAUUUUCAGUCCUUCUAUUAUGGGGGACUGGCUGGCUCUGCACUAGUUAUGCGUUCUAUAGUUACCAUUGGUAACUAUGACUAUGUCUGGGAUUUUGUUUUUCAUCCAAAUGGUGCCAUUGAAAGCAAAGUCCGAGCCACUGGAUACAUAAUCUCAUCUUUUCUCUAUGGUGAUGGGCUGGAUUAUGGUAAUAGAGUUGCAGAACACACACUUGGUACAAUCCAUACUCAUGUCAUCAACUACAAAGUUGAUUUAGAUGUUGGAGGUGUGAAAAAUUCCUUGCUUGCCAAUGAUAUGACCUUUGAGACAGUGAAGGCUCCUUGGAAUCCAGACCAUGAGAUUCAGAGAAUGAAAAUGGUGAAAAAGGUCUUAGAUACCGAAGAUAAGGCUGCCUUCCGCCUUAACGAUAAGAUGCCAAGAUACAUAUAUUUUGCAGCAAACAGCACAAACAAGUGGGGCCAUAAGCGUGGCUACCUGAUCCAGACAAUCAGCUCUGCUGGGGAUCAUCUCCCAGAUACAGAUCCAAUGGAGAGAGCCAUCAGUUGGGGCAGAUACAAGCUGGCUGUCACUAAGCGAAAGGAGGAAGAACCUUUCAGUACCAGCAUCUAUAAUCAGAAUGACCCGUGGACACCUUCUGUUGCCUUUGCAGACUUCAUAGAUAAUGAGUCCAUUGUUGAUGAGGACCUGGUUGCCUGGAUCACCACUGGAUUUCUACAUAUUCCCCAUGCUGAGGAUAUUCCUAACACUGUGACACUUGCAAAUGCAGUUGGCUUCAUUUUAAGGCCUUAUAAUUAUUUUGACAAUGACCCCUCCAUUGACUCGCCUGAUGGUGUGUUUUUCACUGACAAAGAUGACUUCACCUCCUGUGAGAUCAACCAUAUUGCUUGCCUUCCUAAAACAGCUGCCUGCGUACCCAACCUUCCACCUUUCACUUAUGAAGGUUUCCAAAAUCUGACGAAGCUCUAAUACCAUCCAGAGGCUGAGUGGCUGCUGCUGUUUGUAUUCGGGGGAAUACAGUAGUGGAAAUAGCCGAGCAUGAAAUCUGUGUGUGAGAUGGCAGUCAGUCUUGAGUUCCUUAUUGUUGACUGUGUUUGACCUAAAGUUUAGCUCUGCUUGCAUUGUGCACACUUGGAAAUUGUGUUUGCAAUUUUUUUUCUGUAUCAGACAAAUCAUUCCACCUUUGUUACCCAACUGCCUUUCCUGUUAUUUUUUUUAAUUUGAAGAUUAUAAUAAGUAUAGCCAUACAAUAUACUUAAUCCCCAUUCCAAAAGUAAUGAUGUGGUCUG